AGCUACCAAUUUUCCGAGAAUACUUUUGGACUGAGAUUGUUCACUUUUCUGGAUCGGAACUGAAUUACCGCUCGAGUCCGAGACGUCACGCACCGCAAAACAACUUUGGCCAUCGUCACUCGAUACACUCGUUACUUUAACUGCCAACAUCAAAGACCAUCAAUCAUCAUCCCGAAAGCCUGGACUAUCGCCAUCAAUCUAGUCAACAUCACAAGGUCGUGAUGGCUGCAGAUAGCAUGGCUGACCCGCCGUCGGUCGCUGUCAUCUCAGAGCGACUACGAGGACUGCUCCUACGCGCCAGGGAGAUCAAAUCAGUAGAAACCAUCGACCCUCCUCUACCAGUCUCCGAUCUAGUACAAGAAGUCACCUCGCUCGGCAAUGAUGUUUUUGACUCUCAACCUGAUGCGCACAAAUUCUCCGUCGUCGAAACCGCUGCGAGGAAGAUUUUCUACGAAACCAUUCAAUCCACUGAUAUCAAAACUCCUGGAUUUGUGCGCAUGUGGGAUUUUCUAGAUCUUCUUCUGCUCUGUGGUGAACUUGGACAGUGCGAACCUAUUCUGCCUUUUUGGCUCGUGGAAGAGCUCCUCGACAGCCAAACCACCGAAGGCUGUAGGAUAGUUUUUGACUACCUGGAGUCACGACGUGAACGACUAAUCCAGAAGGACUUUCACAAGACGCAUCUGGCCCUCCUGCGCUCAUGUAAUGAACUACUGCGACGACUGUCCAGAGCCGAAGAUGCUGUCUUCUGCGGUCGAGUCUUCUUCUUCCUGUUUCAGACCUUUCCACUCGGCGACAAAAGCUCCGUCAACUUACGAGGCGAGUUCCACACCGAGAAUAUCACAGUCUUUGAGAAAGACCCUCCUGCACAGCCCGAUGUGCCAGAAGCCGCAGAUGUUGACAUGGAAGGAAGCGCCGAAGCCGAAUCCCAAACAAAGGAUCUUCACGGUACCGAGGCUACUCAAUCCACCAAGGAGACAACAAAGGCUACCACAGUGAACAAAGGCGACGAAGACUCAGAGUUCUAUCCCAUAUUCUGGAGAUUGCAGCACGAUUUUUCCAACCCGACACGACUAUUUGAAGACGAGAAUUUCACCCCUUUCAAAGACGGCAUCGAGAAGACCUUGAUAAAGUUCAAGAAGACACCCGUGGUUGCUCAAACCAAAGGUGCUGGAGAUGCUCAGCGUGGUAUCAAACGUAAGCUUGGUGAUGAAACAAGUGAUCCAUAUGCAAGCAACUACAAUCCCAAGUACUUGACUAGUCGCGAACUUUUCGGGCUCGAGCUGAGCGACCUGGCCUUCCAACGUCACAUCUUGGUCCAAGGACUGAUCCUCAUCGACUUCUUGCUGUCCCUCACCGAAAAGGCGAAGAAGAAGUGGGCGGACGUCGAGAAAGCCAAUCCGAAGUCUGCCAACAGGGGUCUUCUGUACGGCUUCACCUUGAACGAGGACAAUGAGAAAUGGGUGAAUUCGACACGCUCAAAGAUUGCCGGUUAUCUGCAGGAAGGACCAGAAGGAAAGUUUUACUACCGUAUGGUCGACACUGUGCUUUCCCGCGACAAGAACUGGGUGAGAUGGAAAUUGGAAAGCUGUCCACCAAUCGUCAGAGAUGCAGUCACCCCAGAGGAGCAUACAGAAGCGAAGUCUGGUGCUCGGCAGGCGACCGUCAACAAGCGCCUCAAGGCGAAACCGAUCGGGGCUAUCGACGUGACCUUCCUCGCAGAAGUGGAUAACGCAAAGGGUCUCGAGGGUCUCAAGAACGCUUCAAGAUUCACGGCUCCAUCACCCGAGAAGCUCGUCAAAGGAAUCGAGAGCGACGACCUUGAUCUAGAAAUGGCCAUGACAGACGAGGAGAAGAACUCUUUGGAGGCUGCCAAGCAGAGCAAGACCUGGCGUGCGCUGCGGGCUGCAUCCAGAACAAACCUGGCGCUGUUGGACAAGGUGGAUCCCUCCACACGCUUACCGGCCUUGUUCAAGCAAGAAGAGAACCAGGAAGAGUCUGCCGCUCCUGAUCAAACACCUGCACCCGAAAAUGACAGUGGGGAAGUAGCCGUGGUCACGGACGGCAAGACAGACGAGCAGAUGGUGACUGGAUAAAUAAAUACCAUGCAAUGCGCCAUCCUGGUAUCUAUUCUUGAAUAUUUGAGGUGACAACAAGCAAUGCAGACACGUUGUUGGUACGCAAGAUCAUCCUCGUUCCUUCGAUCUGCACAUGCACUUAGGAUUGGAGAUGGAGGCGGUUGUUUGGUAGUAAUGUUCCGAGACGGCGAUGGGCGCCGUUGCAAUCUUGCCCUGUGCGCCCCUGGAUCUUGACGGUUUCCACCCGCACAACCUUGAUCCUUCCCAACUUCACGUCGUGUUGUUUUUGGCAAUCGCAUUUCGAUAAACAGCUAUUCAUCCA